AUGCGGGUGGACUUGUUGAUAGUGUCUCCAGAGUCUGCUAGGGCUGAGACAGUCCAGUGUCGCGGACCGUACGUACGCCUGCAAUGGGUACGUGAAGUAUAUCAGCGUCGAUGCCAGGCAUGUCAUUGGACAGAUGCGGCUCGUGCAUAUCUUCUUCACCUGCUGGGUUGCACUCUAUUUGCUAACAAGAGUGCAACCAAUGUCCAUGUUGUCUACUUGGAGGCCCUUCGUGACCUCAGUAUGACAGAGAGGUACGCUUGGGGAGUGGCUGCUUUGGUUCAUAUGUACGACCACCUGAACGAUGCAUCCAUGAGCCACAGUCAACAGCUUGGCGGUUACAUCACACUGCUGCAGUGCUGGAUUUACGAGCACUUUCCCUCAGUUGCGGAGUCCACCGCCGAUCAGGACUACGACGAGGCUUCUCCACGUGCGUGCAGGUGGAUUGCGACAAAGAAGACCGUGAAGAGCAUUCGCACGCCGUCGUAUAUGGAGCUCCUAGACCGACUCCGGAUUCCGGAUGUUUGUUGGAUCCCGUAUGGGGAGCAUCGGGAGGUCCGGGUCUUCCAUGUCAGAUCAUGCUACUCCGGUCUCUUGCACUGGGGGCCUGUUGCUGUGUAUUACCGACCGGAGAGGGUCGUGCGGCAGUUUGGUUACACGCAAACCAUUCAUGCUCCUCCUGUCGAUUCAUGGGUCUCGUAUGAUGAUAUACAUGACAGGUGGAUGCACUACGAGGAUCAUAUCGUACCUGCAGGCCACGCAGUAGAUCCUCUGCCUCAUGGUCACGCCCCGCAGCCCCGAGUCGUCCCUCAGGUCUCGCAGACGGAUAUCCCUCGCAUGCUGGAGCCAGGAGCAUCGUCGACAUCUACGGAGGAGCCCAGACAUGCAGUGGAAGAAUGCCUCAGAUUGGUCAGGAGUGUCACACAGGACCAUCUAGUAUACGUUAGGUGUAGACGCAGGCGGCACACUGAUCAGGCUUAG